AUGCAGUGGCUUCGUUGGCUGGGUGUCUCCGCCCUCGUACUGGCCUCUGGCGCUAUGGCCGUGGACACUACAUCAGGUACACCUGUCUUUACGGGUGCUAAGGCCUUCCCAACAUCGCUGUUCCCUUCGAUGUAUUAUAUGCCGAAGAACAUGGAGCAAGAGCCUCGGCCUGUGAUUACGCGCGAGGGUGGUGGUCAGUUCCCUGAUUCUCUGAACAACCCGCGCCAACUUCCAACACAGCCCCCGGCCAACGAGGCGCUUAUGCCGAAUGCCGUGGCUGGCUCAUCGGAUCUGGAUGCGCUGAUUGGCGACGUGUGGGAUAUUGCUGGGCAGCUCUUCCGUGGUGAUAAGGGAUCGUCACUUACUUGCAACCUGUGCCGCUCCGGCUUGGAGACGCUGCAGAAAAUUACGCACAUUGACCCAGAUCUUGUCCCGGAUCUACUGGGUACCAUUUGUGAGACGUUCAACGUGUUUGGUCUUCUUGGUUUUGGGCAGCAGUGCAAGCGUACACUCUCUGCCGCUGUGUAUGGUGGCCCAAUUACUAUGGUUCUGAGCUACGCCAACCUGACUGGUGCUGCACCGGAUGCUACAGGCAUCUGUGCCCAGAUUCCGUCGUUGAACUUGUGUGAGCAUCCGUCGGAGAAGCUGUCGGACGACUUUUUGAAUGACUGGUUCCAUGGAUCGCGCCAUGCGCCUCAGGAUGUGGUCGAGCGCUGGGAGAAGAAGCGGGCGCGUGCAUACGGUUCCGACUACGAUGCCUCGAAGAAUCUCCGUGUAGCGCAUAUCUCUGACCUGCACUUGGAUGGUCGCUACUUUGUGGGUGGUGAGAGCGACUGCACGUGGGGUGCUACUGUGCAGUGCUGCCGUGUGAACAGCUACAACAACACCAAAUUCCAUGGCCAAUUUGUGCAUGGCCAGUUGGACGAUAGCCAGAUUGUGCACAAGGCGAACUACUGGGGAAGUCUGGAAUGUGACACGCCAUGGUCGCUCAUGGUCAACUCGAUGGAAGCGCUUCAAUCGCUCGGUGGUGACAACGGUUUUGAUCUGGCUCUAUUCACAGGCGAUCUUGUGGCGCACGACGACUUGUACCGCUACUCGCGCGACUUUGCCCGCUACUCCGAGCAGGCGAUUUUCGACUUACUCAAGACAUACCUGGGCUCGACGCCACUCAUUCCCGCGCUGGGCAACCACGAUACCUCGCCAGAGAACAUGAUGGCACCCCCUGCGCAGCUGCCGGACAACACAGCGAGCCACUGGGAUUGGGACUUGAGCUACGUCUCGAAGUUGUGGCGCAACCGUGAGUGGAUUGGUGACCAGCAGGUGGAAGACAUCCGCAAGCACCAUGGCGCGUUCUCUGUGACGCCGCGCAAGGGCUUGCGUGUGAUUUCGUUGAACACAGACUUCUGGUACUAUGUGAACAUGUUCAACUACAUCCACAUGUCCAACCCGGAUGUGAGCGGUAUGCUGCGUUUCCUGACCGAUGAGCUCUUCGAGGCGGAAAAGAACGAUGAGCGUGUAUGGAUUGUAGGCCACGUCUUGUCUGGAUGGGACGGUGGCGAGGCGCUGGAUCGCCCCUCGAACCUGUUCUACCAGAUUGUCAGCCGCUUUGCGCCGCACACGCUGGCUGCCAUCUUCUUUGGCCACACACACGAGGACCAAUUCCAGGUGUUCUACUUCAACGACAAUGGUGAGGCCAAGUCUGCGCAGCAGACGACUGAGCAUGCCGUGUCGAUGGCGUACGUGGCUCCUUCGAUCACCCCGUACACGAAGCUUAACCCGACGAUCCGCGUGUACAGCGUGCACCCCGACACGUACGAGAUCAUGGAAUUCGAGCAGUACUACACACCGAUCGCUACGUUUGACGAGUUGGUGCGCUCUGGUGCGAACCACGGCCCUGUGUGGCGCCAGCUGUACACGGCGCGUGAGCUGUAUGGCGACUUCCACGCGAGUGUGCGUGAUGGUACGUACAAAGCCGGCGUCGAGUUGCACAAGAACCAUUGGCCGCAGAAUGCACCGCUUAACGGCACGUUCUGGGCAGCGCUCACGGACGAGAUGGAGGCGCGCCCUUCGCUGGCGACGACGUUCUCGGAGGUGCAGACACGCAACAGUCCUACGGCCCGUCGGUGCACGACCAGUGACUGCAUCAAGAACACCAUCUGCUACAUGCGUGCCGGCUCCGCCUCGCAAGGUCGCAAGUGUGAUGGCCAGUACUCUUCGAUGGGUCGUUAA